AACUGCGCCCCUUUGAGUUUCAGCCUCUCUGAUUGGUCAACAGUAAGGAAGCGGAUAAUGGCGGCGUAAACAACGCACAGAUCGGCGCAAGACUGUCGAACCGCAGUUGAAAAUAAAACGUAAAAGUAAAGCUAUAACUAAACGGAACAUGUUUUCGGCACAAGCAGGUUUUAUGCCCGGUGUACAAACAAUUAAAGCACAGUUUAUCUGCUUCUUGGUGGUGUUUAACCGCGAGUUUCGGCUAACUUUUAGCCACAUUUGCUAAUUGAACGGUAAAGUCUAACGUUAGUUUGCAGAGAUGGAUUGCGUCGUGACGGGAGGAAACGUAAAAGUGCUGGCCAAAGCCAUUCAUUCUCUGUCCAGAAUCGGUGAUGAGCUCUAUGUGGAGCCUCAGGAAGAUGGGCUGGCCCUGCGGUCUGUGAACUCCUCUCGGUCGGCAUAUGCUUGCUUCCUGUUUGCACCCCUCUUCUUCAGCAGGUACACCAUCUCCAGUGGGCACGCCUUCCGCUGCAAGAUGGCAAUAAAGAGUGUGCAGGCCGUAUUCAGGUCUCUAGCGACUCUUGAGAAGACUGUGGAAAAGUGUCACAUUGAGCUAGACGAGCAGAAAAACCGCCUCACCUUCACCCUGCACUGCAAACACGGCCUCAUGAAGACACAUAACCUGUCUUUCCAGGACAGUGAAAGCUUACAGGCAGUGUUUGAUAAAGACAGCUAUGGCAACGCAUUCAGAUCCCAUCCCAGGCUGCUUGUGGACACAGUCGUGCACUUCCCUCCAUCUCUGGACGAAGUGACCGUGUCAGUGAGUGACGAUCGGAUGUGGUUCAGGAACCAUGUGGAGGAAGAAGCAGACCAGUCCAAGGCAAUGCUGACGGAGCUUUGUCUGGCUUCAGACGAGUUUGACCAUUUUGCCGUCCAAGUUCACAACAGCAUCACCUUUUGUCUGAAAGAGUUACGGGGUUUGUUAGUGUUUGCAGAGUCUACUGGUCUACCUAUUUCUAUGUACUUUGAUGAACCGGGCAGCCCUGUAGUGCUUUCAGUAACAGAUAGUGUCCUCGAGGGGAACUUUGUGCUGGCCACGCUUUCUGAUGACCCCAACCACCGUAAAAACAACACGAGACGAGCACGCACGCCGCCGCCCCCUCCUGAUGACUUCAUGAAUGACGACAUAGACUCCUACCUGAUCGCCAUGGAUACCAGUAUUGCGCCGGGUCCCUCUGCUACAGGUCCGCCCACACCCCCGUUAGCUGAUUCUAUAUGUUCAAAACAGGCUGCUGCAGCCAAUCACAGGACAAGGCUACACAGUGAGGAGGAGGAAGAGGACGAUGAAACGGUCGAUUCAAGCAGACCGCCUAAUAAGAAGUUCUGUUCCUUGUUCUUUGGAUCGGUGUUUCCCCCGUCCUCUCAGAUGACCACUCAACCAGUGACUAGUCAGGAAGUGUUGGCCAGUGACAGUGAGGAUGACGUAGAAUAGAGUGAGAGUGGACUGAUGGAUGAGCGCUGGAGAGGAGAGAUGGACUUUCACUUUUACACACAUGCCACCAGCAGCACUAGAAAAUAAAUGGACACCUUGAACCUUUUAUUUUCCAUCUUCACCGGCCUGUACAAGAGUUCUACAGGGAUAUUCUUUCUUGUUACAUGGGCAAAAAAUAUGCAACGGCAGUGCACGAUACGGAACAGGCCACUGCUCGUGUAUGCCAACGUUUUAAUGGACUAUAAUGUUAACAGUGGACUUCAAAAUAGGGGAUUAUGUGAAACUGGACAUGAAGCACUUCCUGUUUAUUGUUUUCAUUCAAAGUCUGUUCGGUUUGUGAUCAAUAUGCAACAAAAAAGCUCCUCUAAAUAAAAGAAACAUAUUUUUCAAA